GCCUCUUCAGAUAUUCGAGGACCUUCCAACUCGACAUGGGCACGCCGAUGCGCAUCAAGCCGCCGGCGUCGGCGGCACACCAGUCGUCGUCAGCGCGACGGUUCCGCCCGAGCAACAACAACCAAAUUGACGUGACGCUCCACGACGUGACGACGAUCCACAAGUGCGUCAUGCACGUGCGCGCGUUCCGGUACGACGAGAGCAUCAUGGUGCACCCCGAGUACUACAUUGCGACCGACAUUGUGUUUGCGUGCCGACAGUACCCGCACGUCGCGUUUGCGUCCCACUGGGGUACGUGGCGGUCGUUUGAGGAAUUUCGGUCGCUCGACUGUCAACUGCGCACGAUCAAGGUCCCUUCCAACGCCGACACUGCGACCACGACGACGGCGUCGAUCCCGACGCGGACAUGGCUGUGGUGGCUGCAGACAACCUCCAAGCCGCUGCCUAGCGCGGACCACCCGAUGAACCACAUCUUGCCGCCCAAGACCCACCGCACGCGUCGCUGGAUGUUCCAGCACCGCACCAAAGCGUUCAUGGCCAAGCGCCAAACCGAGCUCCAAGCCUAUUUGCAGGACAUUGUCAGCACGCCGCUGCGCCUCUUGCACUUCCUCGACGUCCGGGCGCCGCCGUUUCUGCGGUACUUUAGCAACUUUGACGUCGGGUUUGGGUCGCACCUCAAGGUGACGGUCUGGAACCCGUCGCUCGCGACCGUCGAGAAGGGCAAGCUCGACGUUCUCGAAGCGCACUUGCUCGACGAUGCCAACCGCGGCAUUUUGCUCUGCUCGACGUACGGCUGUCAGUGCCACUUUCGGUCGCUGGAGCAGAGCCUUGCGGGCCUCGUCGUCGUCCUCGCGAUGAAGAAGCUCAUGGCGCAGCCGCCCGAGCUUGCGGACGACGUCGAGCGCAGUGCGUACAUGUGCCUCGUCACCGAGCUCUACCUACCCGACGACAUUGAGAUUGAGUUUGCGUCGUCGAGCUUGCUCACGCACCGCGCAUCGUUUGUGGGUGCGACGCCAGCGAUUGCGGCCGCCGAGAAGAUUCGACUCUACAUGACCAACUUUGGCCUCUUGCACGCGGAAGCGAUCGCGACCCAAGUGCGCAUGAGCGUCAUUGACGUCAAGAAGGUCUUUCACCGGUGCAAGCGGCGGCAGUACGGACGCGUCGGCACGAUUGCGCUCAAGACGCUCUGCUCGCUCUUCAACAUCACGAUCACGCUCGUCACCAACGACCACAAGUCGACCAUGAUCACGGUGACGCCGUGGAAGAGUGUGCCGACCUUACUGACCGAGACGCGGCAUCUCAUUUGGGGCUACAUGGUGCCCACGUCGCUCGAUGUGCACGGGCAGUAUGUGGUCGCACGACCGUUCCACGACGUGGCCGUGCCAACUGCCAAGCCGCUCUCGCUCCUCGAUUGGCGAGCGAUCGACGAAGCCAUGGCGCGCAGUAUCUCGCACGUCAUUGCUGCGAACGCGAUCUCGGUCAUCGAGACGGACGCCGACCAGCUCCAGCAAGCAAUCCUCGACGCGGUCUGGGACGCGUGCGACCAAAACCCCAAGCGAUUCCAGUCGUUCCAGUACACGUCCAAGAAGUACGGGACAACGUCGAUGCCAGGCACGACGUUCUACACGUUUCUCGAGCGCCUCUUUCGACCGGUCGGCGCCGCGUACAUCACCGACUUUCUCGUGCACGUGCUGCCCCUCCCGGCCAAGCGCCAAGCACUUGUACAAGCGCGCUGGGCGAGCUUCCACACCGACCUCGUCGUCAAGCGCGCCGCAAUGUUGCACCGCCCGUCGCUCGACUCGUCCGCGUCGACUGCAUCGACCACGCCCACUGACGCGUGAGGACGCAACAUUCUGUAUUUAUGGCGCCAAUUCCAGCGUCUUGUAGUAAUAUAAACUCGUGUUUGCUUCCCAA